AUGGCGCUGCAGGACUCAUCACGACAUGGUUCCGUGCUUGAAAUCGGAACUCCAAGGCUGAUUAUCCGCACAGCUGUCCAGUCAGAUGCGGAGAAUUUGCUUAAUUUUCUCCAGACGCCCAAGAACUUUCCCUUCCAAGAGUCGGAACACACCCUGACUAUAGAGAGAAUUCGCACCCGCAUUGACAAAUUUGUCGACUUUACGAUGAAUGGAAAGAACGGCUGGAUUGUUGUCAUUCUGCGUGAGACCAAUGAGUUGAUCGGCAAUGGUGGUUACAACACGUUCGAGACCGUCGACCCAGCUGAAUUUCUCGCCGGCAAGACCACGCUUCCAUCGGGAGAUAGGCGGAUGACGGACCUCGGCAUCAACAUCGACUCCCAACAUUGGCGUAAGGGCUAUGGUCUUGAGACACUCGAGGCAUUGAUUGAGCAUGCUCGAAUCGAGUUGGGCUGUGAGGUGUUCAGGAUUGAAACGGGUGACGACAACCAGCCGUGGAGGUCGCUCAUGCGUGCCGCCGGCCUCGGCCAAUUCGAGUCGCGCCAUAAAGCCAGCUACGAUGCCAAUCAGGAGGUUUGGGCAUGGAAAUUCGACGCGGGUCACUGGGAAGAGUCGAAGGCGAGGCUCGAGGAAAAUGAGAAGUGGCUGAUCUAA